GGUGCAGUGUGGAGGAGCGUGGCGUAGGAGGGGACCCGAGCGGGGCGGGGCCCGCCUGGCUCCGGGGCCUAAAACCGGCUGUCGCUAAAACCGGCUGUGCGGAGCUGACCUUCGCAAAGGCUGGGCUAGUAGAUGGUUAAUCUCGAUCGAUCUUGUUGGUAUAGGGGAGCCCCGGGCCGCCAAGUACGCUGGGUGAGAGGAUGGGGCUGAGGGCACGCGGAACGAAGCAGCUGUCUCUUUAACCCCGCUUUUUAUUGACCGAACUCGUGUCCCUGGCCUCCCCUUGCUAAACGCGUCCUCAUUUACUCCCGAAGAGCGGACCUUUCUUCACUCGGAGAAACGGCAAGGAGACACGCUCCAGGUUUUCUUCCCCGGGGAGAGCUGGUCCUGUCCUGCCCCUCGCCACCCUUGGGGCGGCCCCUCUGCCCAUUUCUCUGGUAACCUUUUAAACCCUCCCACUCGUCCUCCUGCCCCCCUUCAAGCCAGGGUGUGUGUAAUGGGGGGGGGGGUGCCUUACACCUGACUUCCAUGUCAGGCUGGAGGUGACCUUGGCCCCCACCUUAUUUUUCCCCCUUAGAGUAGAGCACCCCUACCUCCCAGUAUACAGGGCCAGCAGGGAAGCAGCCUUCGUACCUCCCUCCCCACCCCAGAAGUAGCCUAGAAUAAGCUGCACCUUGAGUUUGAAUUCCAGCUCACCCACUCACUAGACCUUAGGCAUGAGACUCAACCCCUCUGAAAGUUAGCUUCCCUAUCUGUUCAAUGGAGACUAUUUAGAACUAGCUUAUGGGUGGUUAUGAGGGAAAGAGAGGGUAUCUGCAGGCUGGUCCCAUAUGGGGUCCUGGGGAGUGGAGAAUUUGAUGCUACCACAGGGUGUGUCUAAAAACUGGAGUGCAGGAGAGGUGUUGGGAGCCUGAGUUUGGCGACUCAUCUAGGGCCUCAUCUAGGCAUGCCAAGGCAUGGCUGGAGGUACUCCAGAUGGUCUGAGCUGGUAUCAAAUCCUUGUUUGCUGCUGGGCAAAGGCAGACAAAAAUAAAGCACCUGGGCUGGACUGCUAAGUGUCAGGAUGUGGGCAGGGGAAGGAGCUACCUCUGGAGUUGAAUUGUGCCCAGGAAUGGGGUGGGUUUACUGAGCAGAGAAAGCAGGCGUAUAGCUGAUGGAGAGGGCAGAAAUUAGUAUUCCUCUGGGCGUAAGGCAGACUUCACUGAGGAAACCCAUCUCUGGUCUGAUUUGAAACUGCCCUGCCAGGAACCUUACCUGUGGGGGUUGGGGAGGAGCACAGGGUAUGCUGAGGUGAAAGCUGGGGGUUUCCCUCCCUGCUUCCUAAUAGAAAACUUGAGUCCUGACCCUUCUGUACAUUCCCCACUCUCCCCAGGGUAGAGCCCUCUUGCCCUCACACCUCUAGAAAGUAAAAUGUUGUUCUCCACUCUCCCCAGUGCCUAGAACAGUGCCUCCUGGCCAGCCUGCAAAGCUUCUCAGUAAAUAUAUGUUGAAAGGAUGAAUGAAAGAAGCCCUCUGUUUCCAGAUGGAGAUUUGUGGUUCUGCUCCCCCCCUCCCUGUCCUACAACCCAGGUGUGGGCUGGGGCACUAAGGAAGGCUGUGGAGAGUCUGGAGUUUACCCAGGAAGCAGUUGAGAGGACUUACUGGGAUGGGUAGAAAAGUCCAUUGAGAGUAUGGGGUCCCGGAAGGUGUCUGUCAUGGGCUGGGACCUAGAGCACUGGCUGUACCUGAGUUGACCCACCCUGCAGCUCCCCUGCUGAGACGGAGUCUGUUAUCUACCAAGCUGCAGAGAUGGUUUUUAUCUCCACGGUUGAGGGUGUGUGUGUGCGGGCGCAGCUUCUCAGAAUGGGGCAGCUUCCUCCCACAGCAAGACUGGGGGGGGGGGGUGAGGUGUGGGGGGGUGUUCUCUCCCCAUAUGCCCUGUGCCACAGUCUUCUUUCUGGACUGUUACCCAGGAGGAGCCCAUGGACAAGGCCUGCUGCCUGAGCCGGAGCUAGGACCACCUCCUAGGAACUGCCCAGGCCUCCUCUGCCCCGACCCUUCUGCUGGCAAGUCAGAGUCUCCGCAAGCCUCAGAGGGAGAGAGCUGUCAGCCAGGCAAAACCAAGACCGCCAGCACCAUGACAACCAGUCACCAGCCUCAGGACAGGUACAAAGCCGUCUGGCUUAUCUUCUUCAUGCUGGGUCUGGGGACCCUGCUCCCCUGGAAUUUUUUCAUGACAGCCACUCAGUAUUUCACAAACCGCCUGGACCAGUCCCAGAAUGUGUCCUUGGUCACUGCUGAACUGAGCAGGGACAUCCAGGCCUCGGCCACCCCCACAGCACCCUCUGUGGAGCGAAGUUAUCUGAGUGCCAUAUUCAACAAUGUCAUGACCUUGUGUGCCAUGUUGCCCCUGCUGCUUUUCACCUGCCUCAACUCCUUCAUGCAUCAGAGGAUCCCCCAGUCUGUUCGGAUCCUGGGCAGCCUGGUGGCCAUCUUGCUGGUGUUCCUGAUCACUGCUGUCCUUGUGAAGGUGCACCUGGAUGCCCUGCCCUUCUUCAUCAUCACUAUGAUCAAGAUCAUGCUCAUUAAUUCAUUCGGUGCCAUCCUGCAGGGCAGUCUGUUUGGUCUGGCUGGCCUCCUGCCUGCCAGCUACACGGCCCCCAUCAUGAGUGGCCAGGGCCUGGCCGGCAUCUUCGCCUCGGUGGCCAUGAUCUGCGCCAUCGCCAGUGGCUCGGAGUUGUCAGAAAGUGCCUUCGGCUAUUUUAUCACAGCCUGUGGGGUCAUCAUUUUGACCAUCAUUUGUUACCUGGGAUUGCCCCGGCUGGAAUUCUACCGCUACUACCAGCAGCUCAAGCUCGAAGGACCUGGGGAACAGGAGACCAAGUUGGACCUCAUUAGUAAAGGAGAAGAGCUAAGAGCAGGCAAAGCGGAGUCUGGAGUUUCAGCCCCCAACUCUCAGUCCACCAACAAAAGUCACUCAAUCCAAGCCAUCCUCAAAAAUAUCUUAGUCCCGGCUCUCUCGGUCUGCUUCAUCUUCACGGUCACCAUUGGAGUGUUUCCUGCCGUUACUGCUGAGGUCAAGUCCAGCAUUGCGGGCAGUAGUGCCUGGGGAUACUACUUCAUUCCUGUGUCCUGUUUCUUGACUUUCAAUGUCUUCGACUGGCUGGGCCGGAGCCUCACAGCCAUAUCCAUGUGGCCUGGGAAGGACAGCCGCUGGCUGCCGAGCCUGGUGCUGGCCCGGCUGGUGUUCGUGCCCCUGCUGCUGCUGUGCAAUGUCCAUCCCCGCCGGUACCUGACUGUGGUCUUUGAGCACGAUGCCUGGUUCAUCUUCUUCAUGGCCGCCUUCGCCUUCUCCAAUGGCUAUCUCGCCAGUCUCUGCAUGUGCUUCGGGCCCAAGAAAGUGAAGCCGGCUGAGGCAGAGACAGCUGGAGCCAUCAUGGCCUUCUUCCUGUCUCUGGGCCUGGCCCUGGGGGCUGUCUUCUCCUUCCUGUUCCGGGCAAUUGUGUGACCCCUGAUGGACAGAGGACUGCACUGGCCCUGCUCUUGCCCAUUCCUUAUCCUUUAGGGGUGGGCAGGAGGUUUUCUCUUCCAGCCGAAUUCUGCUUUCUCAUGGCCUGUGCUGAGCCCAGUGUCCAGGCCCCGAGGAGGGAGCCUCUGGGUAGACAGGUGGACAAUGAGGACACUGUGAGCCUGCAGGUCGGAGUCGAGGGAGGGGAUGCAGUCUCUGCAUAUGCACAGAUCCCCCCACAUUAGGCUCUGACUGAUUCCUACUUGAGAAGGACUGCAGAGGCUCCUAGGCUCAGAGAGUGUGUGUGUCUGUGUGUUCGUCUGCUCGUACCGCGAGUGGCCAGGGGCCAGGACUGUCUGUUCUAUCGUCCCGUCUGAUAUUGCACCCCUCCUUUCCCCAUGCCUCCUCCCCCAACCUCUCCCUGUCCCUCCCCUGCUCCCCCUGACUUGUACCUUGUCAUGUACCCUGUCCAACUGUCAUUUUACUGCCUUUUUUAUACUCAACAGAAACCAGGUGCCUUCAGAGGCUCUCUGACUAAAUAAACUUUUUUUCCAUG